AUGGUGGACGCGGACGAGAUCAUCGAUGAGGUGGUCGGCGACGAGGAGAUGGGAGAAGCGACAGGGCUGGACCCGACUGAGGCGGUGGAUGCAGAUGACGAGCCGACAGGGUUGGAGGACAUUGAGCCAGAUGUGCCUGAGCGCACCACCUUCCUCGACUACCUCCGCUCCCCAAUCAUCCAACUCGUAGUCGGCCAAGGCGCAGAACAAACCACCCUCUCCGCCCACCAAGCCCUCCUCACUAAAUCCCCCUGGUUCGCCGCACAAGUCGACGUCUUCUCCAAGACUACCACCACCCCCCGCACCAUCGACCUCGCAAACGACGACCUCCAAGCCACCUCCAGCGUGCUCGAAUACCUCUACAAAUCCGACUACUACCCCCGCAUGACCGGCACCCAAAGCAUGGAAUACGACACCACCGUCCCCCAACCCGACAACGACGGCAUCGGCCUCCUCCGCCACGCCCGCGUCUACAGCCUCGCGCAACGAUUCGGCCUCCCCGCGCUAGCGAGUAUGGCGCACCGCAAAAUCACCCUCACACAAUCCACCGCCCGGGGCGAAAUCGCCUACGCCCGUUUCGUCUACACGGAGACGAGUCCCGACGAUAUCACGAUCCGGAAACCCGUUGCGCAUUUCUGGGCCACACGCAGUCAUGUCUUGCGACAUGAGGCCGAGGCGGAAUUCAAGCGCAUGUGUCUCGAGUUCCCGCAGUUCGGGUAUGAUGUCCUUAGUCUCGUGCUCGAUCAGCAGGAGAAGCGGAGUGCAAGGGCGGAGGCGCAGAGUACCGCUCCGGCGAGCGGGAGGAAGCGGCAGAGGGUUAGUGGGAUUGUGCCUUGA